AUGACUAGUGCGAGUGCUUCAAAACCUUUACCUACACCACCUCCGGCAACUUUUGUUAAUAGAGAGGCUGUAAGCUCAUCACCGAGACGCGAUGUCAUUGACAACAAUAUUCCAAUGAAAGCUUACCGAAAAACCACUAAUCAAGACACCAAUGAUGAUGAUGAUGACGAGGAGUUUGAGUUCUUUAAUAAUUUUGAGCGUGAAAAAGUGAAAGCCGUGAUUCAUUCUAUAACGGCAGAACUGAAAGAUAGAGGCGCCGAUGUCGAAUACCUUAUGAUCCCUUUCAGACCGCAACAAACCAAUGAAAAACUAUUGAAACUACUUAAUUCUUUAUUUCCAAUGGGUAAUGGACAACCUGUUCCCGAGAAGCAGAUGUGGAAAAUUGUUAAAAAGGCAGAGCCAUUGACGUUGUUCCAGGGCCUCAAAUAUAUUUGGUGUCGUCUACCUGAGGGACAAGUUGUUAGUUGGAAGGCCUACCUGGAGUUCAAGAGAAGAGAAAAGAGCAAAGAUUACCCAAGAAGAGCAUUUCUUGAGAUUAUGCCUCAAUGUUUGGAGUCGCCGAGUCAUGCCUCCAUUGUGUACGAUUAUUUUGACCUUAUCAUAACGCUGGCGUCUAAUUCUCGUAUUAACAAGAUGAGUGCGCGUAAGAUCUCUAAAAUGUGUGCCAUCUGGGCAUUUGGAGUAGCAAUUGAACAGGGAGGCAAAUCAUUAGAUUAUGAUUUUACAAAUACUUCCACACUGCCGAGCAACUCGUUUCAGGAUGGGUUGGAUGAGUGGAUUCCAGGCACAGACGCAAUGUUCCAUCUACUGUUAGCCUUUUUGAAGAGUUUUGUUCCACAGGAGUUAGAGAGCGCCAAAUUACCGCUUUCGCUGAAAAGUCUGUUGUUCAAUAAUGAUUAUCCGCCCAAAGGAUCAACUGCAUAUUCUUCAGAAACAGUAUUGACUAUACCGUUGGUUACUUUGCAGACAGACAAAUUUUCAAGAAAGCCUUGGCAAUUGUUAGAACGUUGCAAUGAGCUUCUAGAUUUCACAGAUCAUGAUGCAUUCCAAGCCCGGGAGGAUUUUGCACUUUUGAAGUCUUUGUUUAAGAAGAAAAACAAUGUAGAGGGGAUUAGUCGCAAGAUGUCGCAGGAGUCUCGAAGAUUAAUGAAACUUAUGUCUACGAAGCAUUCGACUUUCCAAGCUGGUUGGGCCACAAGGAAAUGUUUACCGAAUGAAAGUAAUUUGAAGGAAAACAUAGAAGUUUCAAGGGUUGAGAUUGAUGACUAUUUCAUCUGGGCCUGGCUAUCAACUCUUUCUUACGAGCAGACUUCACAAAAGGAAAAGUUGUUUGGGAGAUCUUUGAUUUUAGAAUUUGAGUUUGACGGUUUUAAGAAGUGGGUGAUGUUUCAAGAGUGUGACAUCACUUUAGAGUCUAGGAAACGUCAAAGGCAGCGAGAUAUGGAACCGCCGGUUGCUUCGCCCAAGGUUGCUCAGCCCGUGCAACAACAAGUGGACUCUCAAAGGAAAGUCACUCCAACAUAUGACAAUUUUCAAAACAGAGUGCCUUCAUCCGGAUCACGAUCAGCGGAUAGUUCGUCAGGUGAAAUGUAUCACACAGUUAUCAGUAAGGAAUCUCUUGGAAAGAAUAAUGCAAAAAAUAAUGUGAAUCUACAUUCGAUUGAGCAAAAAUUCUCCAAAUGGAACCCAUUGAGUAAAGUAAAGAAGAAGGGCUCAAACCAUAGCACUUCAUCCUCGAAGGAGGAAAUGCUGAUGCCUGAUAUCAAGCAAAAAAAGAAGGAAUCGAUGAUAAUCAACCCUCAUCACUCAAUCUAUCAAUUACCACCCAUCGAGUGUGAUAACGAUGAUUUUAAGGAUAUUUUUGCCGCUCAAGGCAUAAGUGAAGGCGAAGAUGAUGACGCACAGUCGCUUGAUAUUACAAGUGCGAAGCCCAAGAGGACUCCUCCUCCCCAAGAUUACCGAGCACCCAUAAGGCAAGAAGAGCCUAAUAGGAACAGUUCAGAAGAAGCGAUGGAAGAGUUAAAGGGGAUGGUCGAUCAAAUGAUGACAGAUGACAUCUCGAAGCUUAUCAUUGACGAUGGAUCUUCCACCACGGUCAAUUCGACUAGAGAGAUUUUUGAAGAUUUCACCAAGUUCGAUCAAUACAAACCUUCCAAUGAAGAAUUCGCUGAUACUCCCACGUCAUCGAGCAGUGCAGUGCCUUCUUUGAGACUUGAUCAUGGCGUACCAUCUUUGAAACCUGCCGAUACCAAACCAUUGCCACAAGUGGUGCCCAUUACUCAAGGCCCACCACCACUUCAGAUACACAAGGGCGUAGAACAAAGGGUACCGCGAGAUAUGAAUAAACGUCUUCCAGAGAUCAGGAUCGAUGAGCCAUCCGAGGCAAACAGGAGUGUAUCUCCACAGAGAGUGCCCGCGCCUACUGAGCUCUACGCUCCAAGACACGAGUCACCACCAAUGGUUGUACGGCAAGAGCACCAUGUUCCUACUUCUGCCGAGUAUUCGUCACCAAGACCCUUCGUGCAGCCCACAGCGGAAGCACAAGAGCAUGAAAGGCGAAGGCGGCAAUCACCAACAAGACCGGAUGCUGCAUUGGCUAAUCGGUACACUCAGAGACAACAAUCUCCGCCAAGGGCCAUUCCGCAGGAUCAAUACGGCCAACGACAGCAAUCGCCACCGAGACCACGAGAGGUGGUUGCUGAUCAUUACACUCAUACAAGACCCGUUGCUCAGCAGGAGAACUACGUUCCUGUCCCACAAGGUCAAAGACAGCAUUCACCCCCAAGACCAAUGGUUCAGCCACAAUCAGAAGCUGCCGCUGAUCACUAUACUCAACCAAGACCCGUUAUUCAAGAUCCUUAUACUCAUGUUCCGCAGGCUCAUAGACAACAGUCGCCACCUAAACCACUGGUUCAUCCACCACAAGUACAAAGACAUCAUUCACCGCCAGAAGCAGUGGCUGAUCACUACACUCAACCAAGACCGGUUGUUCACCAAGAUCACCACGUUCCUGUCCCAAACGUACAAAAACAGCAUUCACCGCGAGAACCAGUCGCUGAUCGUUACAGUCAAAGACGGGAUCCUCAAAGACCUACCGGCCAAUACCCGCCCGCUACACAAGCCCACAACCCAAGACAAGAUAUACCACCAGUGGCAGCAGAUCAUUAUCAAAGACAAGAUACACAAAGGCCUAUCGAGCAAUAUCCCCCGCAAACUGGAUAUUACCCACAGUUAUCUCCAAUUGCACCUGAUGCUGGUCACUUCGCACAAAGGCAGGAACCCAUUCCUGCUGAUUACGCUAGGCCACCAGAGCACUAUCCCUCCGGCCCCUACACGCAGAGAUAUGCUCCCGCUAUGACGUCUCCACAAACUCAGUACCCGCACGGACCAGCCCCACGGGGCUAUGCAUCGCCGGAAUUAAGGUACUACAAGAAUGAAAGACCAGCAAGACAAGCAUAUGGAUACCCAAGGGCUCCACCGCAGCAGCAAUUCACAGCUCCAAUACGUUCUCCAUCGCCGGGCAGACCAAUGCGUUCCCCACCAAUGCCCAAACACACCAACGUUCCAUUCGCUCCUGCAGCACCACACGCCACAAAGCUACACGGCCAGACAAAUCGCCAGCAGGAACGCAAGAAGCUCCACAACAAUAUCAGAAACGGUAACUUUGGCAUCUAG